GAUUACUGCUAGUGCUCGCUCAUGCAGCUCCAGUCGACCACUACUGACUACACUACCCACAAUUUUUCCAAAUUUUAUCAUGGGAAAAAGGAUGCGAGAUCACAAAAAGACACGCAGGCAGGUGAAGUGAUUGAAUGGAGCUUUGUCUGUGUGUGUUGAUGCGUUUGGUCCCCCAUUCUCCUUCUUCUUCUUCUUCGAAGAACUGACGGGCAAACCUAAGUUUCAGGCCACAAGCUAUUCGAUAUCUACUGGGCAGGAGUUCUCAUCGACAUCAAUUUUGUAGCAGAAGUUGGGGCUUCUUGUCAGUCUUUGAUUGCCACAGCCUCUCAUCAUUGAGUUGAGCAUUUCGUCUUUGAGCAUAUGCAGCAACACAGUUCCCCAUUGAUUAUCGAUCGAACAGAUGGUUAUCAGUGGCUGUUUCUAAGACAAUUACAAGAGCUAUUAUCUGGGGGAGUUAUCGCGCUUCUCAUCUUCGUUUGAUGUACUUUAGUUGUUUAUAUAAACACAAGCAUUGCCCUUUGAGGUUGAGGUUUCUUUGCCUCGUGCCAUGGAGACAUUGUCACGCGCUGAAUCCAGACGCUUGUAUUCGUGGUGGUGGGAUAGUCAUAUCAGCCCCAAACUCUCUAAAUGGCUUCAAGAUAACCUCACUGAUAUGGAUAACAAGAUCAAAGCAAUGAUCAGACUUAUAGAGGAAGAUGCUGAUUCCUUUGCCCAAAGAGCUGAAAUGUACUACAAGAAACGCCCUGAGCUUCUGAAGCUACUGGAGGAAUUUUAUCGUGCAUACCGUGCUCUAGCAGAAAGAUAUGAUCAUGUGACUGGGGCACUUCGUCAGGCUCACCGAACUAUAGUAAAAGCAUUUCCUAACAAAAUCUCAGAUGAAAUUUCUGAUGAGUCUCUAUAUGAAUCGCCUGCUCCUAGUUCAAGAAUGAAUAGCCACCCAAUGCCUCCUGGAAUCUCUGACACUGAUGAUGCCGGUUUACUUGGUGAUGUUUUAUGCUUGUCAUUGCAUGAUGACGCAGUGAAAUCGGAUGAGGCUUAUUCUGAUGAAAGUAAGGUGGACUCAUUUGAAGACAUUAUGAAGCAGUUGAAUGAAAUUUUUGCAAGCACAGAGGAUGAAGCUGGUCCUGUAUUUGCUAAAGGGAGUGAAGGCAACUUUUUAGACUAUAACUUCCUUCAGGAUGAGAUUUCCAGGUUAUCGAUGGAAAACCAGGAACUGAAGAAACAAAUGUAUUCAGAAUCAUCGCGUGCUGAUAAAAGUGAAAAUGAUGUUCGAUGCCUAAAAGAGAUCUGCUCCAAUGAAAAAUCUGAAAAACAAGAUGUUCUGGUUCGAUAUCAAGAGUCCACAGAGAGAUUAACUUACCUGGAGCAUGAAAUCUCCCAUGCGGAAGCAGAACUUAAGAAGCUUAACAGUGUGAUUAUGACAGAUGCUUCAAGUUUAAACAGUGCUGAAGAACAAAGCUUUGCUCUAGGGAAGGCUAACCAAUCAUUGCGGUCGGAACUUGACAUACUAAAACUGAAAAUAAGAGACCAAAAGGAGAAUCUUGAUAGGAAGGCACAGGAGCUGGAGAUUCUCAAUGUUUCCUUACAAAAUGAACAACAAAGAAAUUUGAAGGCUGAAAUAGCUUGCCAAUCUAUGAAGCAGCAGCAUACUGAUGCACAGGAGGAAAUGAAACAGAUGGAAUUGGUGAUAGAAAGUGGAGUUGAAAAGCUGAAGGAUGUCAAAGAAGAAUUUGAGAAGCUGAGGGAGGAAAAUGACAUAUUGAGGCAGCACGAGCUAUCAUCUGCUCUAAAAAUAGUGACUCUCCAGGAUGUGAUAGUUUCACUAGUUGAUUUAAGAAGGAAACUUGAAGAUGAAAAUGAUCUUCAUAUAGAGGAAAAGGAAGCCCUUCAGCUGGAGUUGCAUUGUCUAAUAAAUGACAAAUAUGAUUUGGAAGGGAAGUAUCAUGUGCUAACUGAGGUAAUACAAGAAGUCAAUUUAAGUCUGCAAUCCCUUCAGGUAUUGAUGAAGGAUUUGAGACAGAGAAACAUUGAGUUAGAAGAUCCAAUCAAGAUGAAUCAAACUGCACACUAUCCUAAUCCCAGGAACUUAAACCACAUGCAGUGGCUGUCAGAGAAAAACGUAGCACUGGAAGCUUCACUCUUUGAUGCUGAUGAUGAAUUGCAUAGUUUAAGAAUGAAAAUGAAAGAGUUAGAGGAGUCUGCUCAUCAUCUCCGCCACAGGAUUUCUGUCCAUCAAGCUGAAAAGUUUGCACUUGUUGCUCAUAAGGAGGCUUCUGCUCAGGACAUGGAGAAAUUUUUGAAGAAGAAUGCACCCUUGGAAAGUUCUAUAUCUGACAUGGAUCUUGAACUUGCUGGUUUUGCAGAAAAAUUGGAAGAUGUCGAAGAAUUGUGCAAGCAUUUUCACAAUGAGAAAUUUUGUCUUAUAUCUGAAAAAAGUGACCCGUUAAGUCAGGUACCAAGCAUCAAGAAGAAUCUGAAGAACUUGGAGUGCAGAUAUUAUGAGUUAGAAGACAGAUGUUCAACUAUGGAAAAGGAUAGGGACUCAAAGCUUCAUCUUGUCGCUGAGCUGCAAGAGUUAUUACAACUCAAAAAGGAAAAACAGAAUACCUUUAGUCAAUCCUGCAAGAGUCAGUUGAGUGCACUCAAAGAUCAGAUGCAUCUUCUUGAGGAAGAAUGCCGAAGAAGGGAAGAGGAUUUUGAUAUGGAGCAGAUAAAGAGCAUGAAUACUCAGAUAGAGAUAUUCAUCUUGCAAAGAUGUUUAUGUGAAAUGAAAGAUGAGAACUUGUUUCUUUCAGUUAAGUGUCAUAAAGAUGUGGAAGCAUUACGAAACACCGAGAGACAUAUUCUGGAGCUUGAGAGUGAAUGCCUGAGCCAAGAGCAAAAGAUGAAAUAUUUAAUAGACAACAAUGAGAAAAUCAGGGAGUGGGUUCAAUUACUAAUGCAAUCACUUAAGCUUGAUCUGCGGUACGUCUCUUUGGAAGAUAUCGAAAAUGGCAUUGUUUUACAGGUUGCUUUACGUGAAAUUAAACAGAUGGUAAAUGCUAUUUCAGAUGCCCAGGAUGAAAAGCAGCACCUACUUCUUGAGAAUUCAUUCGUUCUUACCCUUUUAGAACACUUUGAGAAGUAUGCAGCAGACCUGAGAGCAGAAAAGACCACCCUUGAUGAAGAAUCUAGUGCCAGAUUCCAGGAGUAUAUGAUGCUGAGAAACAAACAUGAUGAGGUACUUGUGAUGAAUGAAAAACUGAAGGAGGAGAUCCAUAUUAGCAACCAAAGUGAGGUUACCCUGAAGACUGAAACAGAUUUGCUAGUCAGACAGCUAAUGUAUUCUCAAGAAGUUCAUCAGGCAUUACAAAUUGAAGUAUCCAAGUUGGUUGAGGAAAAUGACUUGAUUUUAAAGAAACUUCUGGAUUUGAGUCAGGAAAAGCUCAAACUUGAAGAGGAGGAUAAUGUAAUGCUAACAGAGGUUUUGGCCAUGGAUUACCUUUCUGUGAUAUUUAAGAGCCUCAAUUCAGAGAGAGAAUGUGAAAUAACCCUAUUAAGCAAUCAAAGAGCCCUUCUUUACGAGUUGACCAUCAAUCUUGAACAGAACAUCUAUCUACUGGAAGCCGAAAUCACAAAUCUUAGGGUACCAUUAAACAACUUGAAUGGUUGUCGAAGUUCACAAACUUCGGUGGAGGGUAGUCACUCGCUGCAGGCCGACCAUAGGUACCUAAAGUUGGAUGAUUGUGAAACCGAACAUCUAGAAAUGGAAAAGAAAAUAUUAUUAGAUGAUUGUGCCGCCUUGCUGCAUGACAAUUUGUUUGAAUCGAUCAAUGCAACAGUAUGCAAAGAGAAAGUUCUUGAACUGAUACAAUCAUAUGAGGACCUUGAGAGUAAUGCCAUUCUACAAAGGGAAGUUGUUGAAGAGAUCACACUGAGAAAUAUACCAGCGGAUGAGUUGGAGAAAAAGAUCCAAGUGCUUGAAGAGGAAAACAAUGAACUGAGCGCUGACUUGAGUGCACAUGAACUUUUCUUGGGCUUGUUGUGGGACGACAUUGUUGUUUUGGAAGAACUUACUUUUUCCCUCACAAAACAACAUUCAACACCGACUAAUCUAAAAGAAGAGGUUUGUCAGCUUGAGUUUUAUCCUCGCACUGGAAGCAAUCGAGAAGCCAGUCCAGACGAUAAUGCCUCAACACCUAUGAGAUUGCAUGAUUUGCAUGAGAGAGUUAAAGUUCUCCAGGAGGUUUUGAUAAAUACUGGGAGUAUGAUUGAACUGGAACGGUUUGAUUCACAUGCCAGUUUGGAGGCUGCAUGGAAAGAAAUCGAAGGGUUAAAAUUGAAGGGGAAUCAGAAGCCAGAUAAAAGUUCAAGUAAAUCAAAGUGCAAAAGAAAUCCCAAGGAUAUACAGCUUGAUAUUGUUUUCAGUCCGUCGUCACGGCGUGGGAAUAAAAUUCUUUCUCGUGGACAGAAGGAUGGAAAAAACAGCGCAACUGACCAGACGUUUGAGGUUUGGAAGACGGGAUAUGGAAUCGAGAAAGAGAUGGGUCGAUCAAUGUUGCUAAUGGAGAAUUAUACAACAUAUUAUCAGGGUGAUGAAGAGGAAGAGAAGUGCACAUCGAUUGAACUAGUAACUGAGAAUGAUUCGGUAGUUGACAAACAAGAGCUGCCCCGUGAGCUUGCUCCACGCCAGGAAUGGAAUAGGAGGGUCAUAAAGAGGCUUUGUUCCGAUGCUCAACGGUUGUCAGUCCUCCAAGCAAAUUUGCAAGAACUACACAAGAGCGCAGAAACAUCGGAAAAGAUCAACAAUUUGCCUCCGUCUGAAAUCAGCUCCAUCAAGGAUCAGUUGAAAGACGCUGAUGAAUCCUUAUCACAGCUUAUUGACGUCAACAGCGAGUUGAAAAGCAAUGUGGAAAAUCUUUCUGCUUCCCCAUUGGAUCAAAUCGAUGAAUGGGACAUCCAAAGCAGAAGGAGGAAGCAAAUUUCCGAUUGGGCUAGAAAGGCGUCUGAGAAAAUUGGGAGGUUGGAAUUCGAGAUGCCAAAGAUCGAAUAUAGUUUGUGCAAAUUUGACAAAGGACAUAUGAACAAGAGAGUGAGAGUUAAGAGGAGAACCGGGAUUCGACUGCAAGAAUAUAUCUAUGGAAGGAGAAACAGCAGAAGACAGAAAGAAGUUCCUUCCUGUGGCUGUAUGAUGGUAACAUCAACUAGUGACUAGAUUUCGCUCUUGCGAGUACUUACGAUUUCUCAUGUGGCAUGAUUUGGAACUUUGGAUAAAAUCAUGAAUCAUUAGAAUGUUCACUGAAAAUUUCUCAAUGAAUGAUAGUUUGUGUAGUAUCAU